CUUGCAAAGCUUAGAACUUGCAUCACCAUUACAUAAUUAUACUCUCUCACCUCUCUCUCUCUCUCUCUCUCUCUCUCACAAUGGGAAGGCCGCCUUGCUGCGAUAAAUCGAAUGUGAAACGAGGACUCUGGACUGCCGCGGAAGAUGCAAAAAUUCUUGCAUAUGUAUCGAAACAUGGUGUCGGAAAUUGGACAUUGGUUCCUAAAAAAGCAGGACUCAACAGAUGCGGGAAGAGUUGCAGGCUUAGGUGGACUAAUUACCUGAGGCCUGACCUCAAGCAUGACAACUUCACUCCUCAAGAGGAAGAGCAUAUCAUUAACCUUCACAAGGCCAUCGGAAGCAGGUGGUCUCACAUUGCAAAGCAACUACCAGGAAGAACAGACAAUGACGUCAAAAACUACUGGAACACCAAGCUCAAAAAGAAGCUUUCCAAAAUGGGAAUCGACCCUGUCACCCACAAACCCUACUCCCAGAUCCUCUCCGACUACGGAAACAUCAGCGGCCUCCCAACCGCUGCCGGAAAUCAAUUCUCGUACUUCUUUAAGCUCUCGAAUAGGGCAUUCGCACCCGAACCAGAGCCUUCUUCCGGCAUAACAGGAAUCCCAUAUACCCGUGUGAUGAUGAACCCUAAUAUUAAUGGACAGGGAUCAGAGCACAAUUCCUGUGAUAGCACACUUUCACUUGGCUUUUUGGCUCAUCGGUUUCAAGAGAGUGUGCAAAUUGAGCAGCCACACUUUUUAAAUGAAAUAACCUCCUCUUGCUCCUCAUCAUCCUCUCCUCGUGCCACAGAUCAUCAAUUAAUUUCGCAACCAACUUACGCGUGCCGGGAAUCACAGGAGGCUCAGGUUACGCCGUCUUCUUCUUCGUUUAACUGGAGUGAGUUUCUUCUGCAAGAUCCUUUUGCAUCAGCUGAUCCUUUGAAGCAAGAACAAGAUUUGCACGACGUGGUGAUGUCAUCUUUAGAAAACCCUAAACUUGGAGUGCAAGGCAACUCUGAUGCAAUUGAGGGAUGUGAUUUUGGAGGUCAGAGGAGCAAUGGCUUGCUUGAUCAGCAAGCUUCUUCGUCUUCCAUGAGUUCGUUUGUGGAGACUAUCUUGGAUCAAGACAGUGAGAUGCAGGCAGCUUUUCCUCAACUUUUGGAUGCUUCUUUCGAUUAUUAA